GUAAACAGUUAUGGCUUCCUCUGAAACGCAGCCUCGCUUCGGUCAAUCUGUGAAAGGGUUACUGUCGGAUAAGGUCACUUCUUGCAAUGGAGAUGUGAUCGCUUUAACUCGUCAAGUGGUAAAAGGAUCCCGGAGCCAAGAACUGCUUUGUCAGGCUGCUAGAAAUAUGGUAAUUCAAGAAGAUGCAAUUUUGCACUCUGAAGAUAGUCUACGGAAAAUGUCUAUUAUAACGACCCACUUGCAAUAUCAGCAAGAAGCCAUUCAAAAGAAUGUAGAACGCUCAAAAAACCUGCAGGACCAGCUGAAACACUUGAUGAAAUAAUGGAGCUGUGUGCAUACACAAGCCGCUGCCUCUGAUUUUUUAAUUGGCUUUCAACAGUAGAUCAAAAACUGUGAAACACACACUGCUCACAUUAUUUGAGACUGCCUGAGAUUUACUCCUAUUGCAAAGCAGUUACACUUUCAAAAGAUACAGACUUACCUCUUCCUGUCCUUUAUGACCUACUUUUGGGUGGCCAUUGCAAAACAGCUGCAAGACCUUCAAGUGAAGGCUUUUCUGUUAGAGAUUGUUUCCAGGGUUCAUAUUUGUCUUUUUGUAUUGGUUUAAAUACAACGUGCAAGAUUUGUUUUUUGUCUGAUUUUUAAGUGUUGAUUUGCUUAAGAAUAUUUACUUUUAGAUCUUGCUUAAAGAAAGGUCCCAUUCACUGUUUAACAAAUGUGUAAAAAAAAAAAAUUUUUGUUUCAAUGUGUAUGUCUUGUUUUAUGGUGUUUUUAUUGUGCCACAUUUAUUUGAAUAUACAAUGUUUGUAUGGAAUUUCACACAAAAACAUUUCUGCAUGAUUUGUCAGUUAAUUAAUGAAGGGUAUUUUUCUGUCAAAGCUUGAUUCAACUCCAUAAAUGUUAUGUGGACAAGUAAGACAAAUGGAAGUAUCCUGCCCUUUGGCAAGUGCAGCACAGGGAUUCAUAAUAAAGUGUAUCCCACAGGCAAUAUCAGCCGCUCCUCUGCAAGGGCAAGCAGAUGGAUGUCCUAGAGCGAGACCUUGAGCAUAAGUCCUCCGGCUACAAAGUUUUGAAUUAUGUCUGCAAGAUGUGCGCAUAGAUUUUUACAUGAGUCAAAAUAUAAGCAUGAGGAUAAAAGUCUACAAUUGAUUCAAUGUAACAUCAGAUGGAAACAAUUCAUUUAUAAUGUCUUUAUAAUUUCAUGUUUCCCUUGAUAAUAAUUAUAGACAAUGAUGAAAAGUAUUCAUGCACAAUUGUUGCAUUUGCAGCAGGUAGACGGCUAAUAAAGGCCGAGCAUUCAUUUUAAGUGCUUGAUAAGUGGGCUGACGUGCGGAGUCCAAUACCAUUCAUACUCACAAGAUCAUGGGAGCUAGUAUUGCAAACCUUGAGCUGAAAGAAUGUUCUGUACCUCCCUUUGUUCAACUUAUCAGUGCCCAAGGUUUCUAAUAAUGCACUCUUAUAACCCACAAUUAGGUGGUAAGAAAGCAUGUCCUGAGGUAGGCAUUAGUAUUACUCUUGUGUUUUUGUAAAAAGAUCAUGUCUUUUGACCUUAAACAUCCUGUGUGAAUCAUUCACAGCAAUCUCUCAGUGCAAUUGAUUUUUGGGGGGGAAUGAUUAUCUCCCCUUUUUCAGUUUGUAAAUCAAAUAGAUUUUUGUUGAUUAUUUUAGGUUUAGAAAGAUCAAUAUUAGUGACAGUUAUAUGGUGCCACUAAUCAAACACAUUUAUGUAAUUAUAUCUAAUGAUAAUACAUAAAAAUAUUUUAUUAUGAUAUUUUAUUAUUACUUCAAACCUGCAACAUCUUCAUGCACACAUUUUUUGCCACAUAAUGUAAUGUUCUGCACAGCUGAAUUUGAAUAUAAAACUAUAAGUACUAUAUUCGUAUGUAAUGUAUGCUCUGUACUGUAAGCCCAUAUCAUGACUUUAGUGAAUCCCAUUAUUUUAAAUACAUUAUAUUGCCCAAUGUGACAGCAUCAGAUAACAGUGUGCUGUGUUUCGUUUAGAAGGCUGUGUGCUAGGUGGGACGCGUCCUGUGAAAGCUGCAGUAUACCAAACGUCCUCCUUUAAACAAAUCUCGUUUUAACGAGACGGCCUUCGUAGGACAAACGGAAACGGAACUUAUCAUGGUUGCUAUGACAGCACGCCACUCUUUGGCUGUGUCUCGUUUGGAAGAAUGUGUCCUCCGUAGGUCGCAUUUGUCGGCCGCAAAAGUUACAUAUUUGAGGAUUGUUAUCUCAAAAAAUCAAUUUGAAUCCCAUUCUUCAGAAGACUAAAGCACAGUUGAUUCACUGGCUUUUGAGGGAUUUAUCCCUAAAAGGUUUAGUUUUGUUGUGUAAAUCUGAGGGACUGUCAAGAUUAGUCUUAUGCUGCCACUUCACUCGAUGUUUCUAAAGAUAUGUGUAUUGAUACUGCUUUAUUUCAAUUUCUUUGGAGAAACAAAACACAUUAUAUUAGGAAAUCUGUGAUAAUGAAUAUUUAUGAAUCGGGUGGGUUGAACUUCCUUGAUUUCUGUACUCUAAAUAAUAUUUUUAAAAUUAAUUGGAUUAGACAUUUAAUUCUAAAUCCAAAUUCUCUUUGGACUUUUAUACCCAGUUUUAUUUU